ACGUCACUGUCAUCUUUCUUUGGCCUCUCAGCCAGCUCAUCAUCAGAGUGGCAACUUUGGAUCGAGAUUGCGUUGAUUGCCAUUGCAAAUCUUCCCAUUGCCAACAGUUCGAUCACAAAUAUCUCUAGCUAGCUAGCUAGCUAGCUACUGCUGAUCCACAUUUGUCCAGUUGUGGAGUGAGCUGGAUCAUGAAGUUGACCGCGAUUGUUGUGCAGCCAUCAGCAUUGCUCUCUUGUAUGGUAUUUGCCGCUGCCUUUCGUCGAGGAAGUGCGUUUGUAUCCAACUUGGCAGGACCGAUUUCUUCUUUGACAACACUGGGCAUGUCCUCGUCUACAGCCGCCACUACGGAAGUCCCCACGUGGUCAGAUUUGCAGGCCCAAUCCAAGAACACCGUGGUCGGCCAAGCAUUGGAGACGGAAACCGCUUUGAGGCAACAAGGCAAAGGAUCCGCGUUUGUCCAAAACACGCUGCGGAAAUUCCAAUCUCCUGAUGCCGAUCCCGAAAUCACAGUCUUUCGAGAUCAUGCCGGUUGGUGUCCCUACUGUCAAAAGCUCAUGUUGCUCAUUGAAGAAAAACAAACUCCUGUCAAAAUAGAGCUGGUGCCCAUGCGAUCGUAUGGGGACAAGCCACGAGAUUUUCUGCAAAAGGUACCCAAUGGGCUGUUGCCCGCCAUGGAAGUCAAGGGACAAAUCAUUACCGAAUCGCAAGUCAUUAUGGAAUUGCUGGACAAAUGGCAUCCUCCCGCGGAUGGAUACAAACCCAUGUUGCCGCAAGAAGAGGAUCAGCCGGGAUGGGCUCGCUAUGACAAAUUGGCGCGUCUUGAACGACAAUUGUUUAGUUGGUGGUGUACGCUACUGUUUCGUCCCGAAGGACCUGGUGGUGCUUUACAAAAACUCAUGGGUGGUGGCGGCGGAAUGUCCGGGUCGAUGGAAGGAUUUCUCGAUUGCGUCCGACAAGUGGACAAAGAACUGACAGCAACCCAGGGACCUUGGUUCUUUGGCGACGACAAAUUUGACGGCCCCAAUAUGAUUGACUUUAUCUAUGUAUCCCAUGUGGAACGAAUUCUGGCCAGUUGUGCCUAUUGGAAAGGACUCAAUCUGCGUGACCCCAAAUGGAACUUGAAAGGACUCAAUGCCUGGUUGGAAGCCUUUGAAAAGCGAGAGUCGUACCUUGCCUUCAAGAGUGACUACUACACUCAUAUCAAAGACAUUCCACCACAGUAUGGUCCUGGAUACGAUGGAGGUUUUGAAGAGGAUCGAGUGGCAUUCUCCAAUACCAUUCUUGGAAAGGACGGUGCCUGGAGUCUUCCUCUAUCAUUUGAUGAUCCAGUGCAACCUCUGUACAAGGGUCCUCCAUUGCCCGUUUGUGUGUUGGAAUCCGUGGGAAUCUCUCCCGACGCAGAUGGCACAUAUGAAUCGGCAGACCCCAAAGACAUGGCCAAGGCAUGUCGGUUGAUGGCGGCCUGGAAACUAGCCGGAAAUGGAGAGAAUAUCUCCACAUUUGCCGCCCGCGGUGGCCCCAAAGGCAGCCAGAAUCCCCGCAAAACAUUUGGAGCCGAACUGGCCGAUCCGUACGCCGAUGCCGAUUCGAAUGUUCGCCCAACAGUAGAUGCUGCCUUGCGAGUAGUUUGUUCUGCCCUUUUGUUGUCAAGUGAUGAUGGUGUCCCCACAGAGGAACAAGCCCAACUACUACGAGAUACCGUGCCCGACUCGCAUCUGGUGGGUGUCUUGAAUAGUUUUGGCUAUUUACGAGACCGAGUGGGAGUGCCCCGUGAUCUUCCUCUGGCGGCCGCCCGGUAUCUGCGAGCCUACUUGAAUUGGGGUGUGGAUGUUCUUGCUCCACAACGGUGAUGAUGAUCCAUCAAAUAAUAAUAAUAGAAAUAGUACACUGUGUAGUCCACUGCUGUACACAAUCAAUAAUUAUUAUAAUGAUGAUCCAUUGAUCAUCACCUCAAGUUUCUGAAGUCGUUCUUACUAAGCUCUUAUUACCUUA